AACCGGAAGCAGAUAGAUUCGAGGUCUAGUGGAAGAUUCUGGAAGUCUCUUCUUUCUAUACGGAGACAUAGGACGAGAAGAGACUUCACAAAAUUUCACGAUUGACCUGUUUUGUGGCAACUAUGGUAAAGGAGACUGGUUUUUAUGAUAUGCUGGGUGUAAAGCCCAAUGCCAGCCCUGAAGAGUUGAAGAAGGCCUAUCGUAAAUUGGCAUUGAAAUAUCACCCAGAUAAAAAUCCAACAGAAGGAGAAAAGUUUAAACAGAUUUCCCAAGCAUAUGAAGUUUUGUCAGAUGCCAAGAAGAGGGAAGUGUAUGACAGAGGGGGCGAGAAGGCCAUUAAAGAGGGAGGAAAUGGAGGGCCAAGUUUUGGUUCACCCAUGGACAUUUUUGACAUGUUCUUUGGAGGAGGGGGGAUUCACAGGGAAAGGAGAGGUAAAAAUGUGGUGCAUCAGAUGUCAGUGACUUUGGAAGACCUUUAUAAUGGAACCACAAGGAAACUGGCUGUCCAAAAGAAUGUCAUCUGUGGAAAAUGUGAAGGUCGUGGAGGCCGUAAAGGAGUGAUUGAAGUGUGUCCCUUAUGCCGCGGGGUGGGUGUACAGGUCAGGUUACAUCACUUAGCACCUGGCAUGGUACAGCAGAUAUCAACAGUCUGCGCUGGUUGUCAAGGGCAAGGCCAGCGCCUCAGUCAUCGUGACCGCUGCAAAACAUGCGCUGGUCGCAAGAUACUACGACAGAAGAAAAUUCUCGAGGUGCACAUUGAUAAAGGUAUGAAAGAUGGACAGAAAAUAGUAUUUCAUGGGGAGGGGGAUCAGGAACCUGGCCUUGAACCUGGAGACAUCAUCAUUGUCUUAGACCAAAAGGCACAUUUAUUGUUUACCAGACAAAGAGAAGAUCUAUAUGUGACCAUGGAGAUACAGUUGGUAGAGUCAUUAUGUGGUUUUCAAAAACCCCUUAAGACACUGGACAACAGAACUCUACUUAUCACAUCCCAUCCAGGGGAGCUGAUCAGACCUGGAGAUAAGAAAUCUGUUCUGAACGAGGGAAUGCCUAUGUACCGCCGACCAUUUGAAAAAGGCAGACUCAUCAUUCUUUUCAAUGUUGUUUUUCCUGAGGAGAACUUCCUCCCGAUGAACAAGCUGAAGGAACUAGAAAGGUAUCUACCAGAAAAACAGGCGAACACUGAGCCCGAUGGCAUGGAUGAUGACCUCUAUAUCUAUGCUGACCUUGAGGACUGUGACCUGACCCAGGAGCGCCAUCAUUACCAAUUUAUUGAGGAGGAAGACUUUUACGCCCCUGGAGGUGUACAGUGUCAAACCUCAUAAAGGUUCUUAUGCCUUUAUCCUCUCACAUACACAAAAGCUACUUCUGAUGCAACAAAAGAUGACAUACUAGACCAAAAGGAAGAAAUGUCAUCGCCUCUCAACUACAACUGUGCCUGAAAUAAGACCUUAUACUGCCGGGCUCUUGUGGCUACGUUUACAUGGACAGUUUUUAAACCUGAAUGGGAUCUUUCAGGUUGUUGAUUAUAUAUGUACUGUUUUCAUGAAGGAUAAAUAAAAUUGUGUAUGUUUUUAUAUGUCCCAAACAUACUUCAGAUUAGAUCUUCUGACAUGGUUCACUAAACAAAUCCUCAAGCAUCCCAGUGGACCAUUACCCAACCGUUUACCUCUGCCAUUUUCUGUUCCUGUGAAUGGUUUAUCAAAAGGUUAUAUCAGGGUUAUAUACCCUUUUAUCCGCGCUGAUAGUUUUUCCCACGGGAACAUGUUUGUUUUUUUUUUUUUUUUGACUGAGCUAUUAGUCUGAUUAAAAACAAACUGCUACCGUCCAUGUAAACGCUGCUAUUGUUUGGAAAUAAUAUUUCGUCCAAAACGUGUGCACGCAGUUAAAACGAAGAGGAUAUCAUGGCACAAAAAAAACCUUGGAGGGUGAGUAAACAAUUUUUGGGGUGAUCUGUGCUUUUAAAGUUUUGAGACUUGGUGCCAUAGAGUUUCCAAAAAGAGGGUUUGUGGAAAUGAUGUAGCAAUUGAAAUUGAUCAUUUAGAGGUUAGGAAGGUUGUGCCAUAAACAAAAAAAAAUUCUCUUUCAAGAUUGAUUUACUUUGAAGAUCAAAUUUUCAUCACUGGUUUGACAAAACAUUUGUCGUAGUAUAAUGUUUUUUUUUGCUGGUUAAUUGUGCAGUACAUGUAAGAUAAUUUGUUGAUAUUGAUGUUAUUUUGCUAAUUAUUGCCAGUUUGUAAAACGUUUUUGUCAAACUUUAACUAAUGAAAGCUGAAGUACCUCCUCAAUUGCAUUAAAAUGCAUUCAAAUUGGAGGUGGUUGUAAUAUAAAAUAAAAAUGGUAGA